AUGUUUCAUGUCUUCCUUCCGCUGCGUUUUGCCACUCCAACUUCGUCUGAGCUGGCGACACGACUGGAAAAACGCUAUUUUAAGGCUCUCAGCCUUUGCCGCUGUAAUGAUGAUUUAAAAACCGAUAUCUUCAUUCGCGGAUCAGUUGCCGGCGUCUUCAACGGCAGGAGAUAUUCCAGGUCUCGAAGCGCAUUAUGUGCUUGGCCCAGUCGAUCCAAGACUGGUUAG